GGGCCGGGCUGGGGCGGGGCGUCAGGCCAGCUGAGCUAUCCGGUCAGACCGCGCCAGUUUGAAUGAAAGCUCCUCAAGAUGGCGGCGGCCGGGGCCGAGGCGCGAGGAGCUUGGUGUGUGCCUUGCCUAGUUUCACUUGAUACUCUUCAGGAAUUAUGUAGAAAAGAAAAGCUCACAUGUAAAUCGAUUGGAAUCACCAAAAGGAAUCUAAACAAUUAUGAGGUGGAAUACUUGUGUGACUACAAGGUAGAAAAGGAUAUGGAAUAUUAUCUUGUAAAAUGGAAAGGAUGGCCAGAUUCUACAAAUACUUGGGAACCUUUGCAAAAUCUCAAGUGCCCAUUACUGCUUCAGCAGUUCUCUAAUGACAAGCAUAAUUAUUUAUCUCAGGUAAAGAAAGGCAAAGCAAUAACUCUAAAAGAAAAUCACAGAGCUUUGAAACCUGCCAUUGCUGAAUACAUUGUAAAGAAGGCUAAACAAAGGAUAGCUCUGCAGAGAUGGCAGGAUGAACUCAACAGAAGGAAGAAUCACAAAGGAAUGAUUUUUGUUGAAAAUACUGUGGACUUAGAGGGCCCCCCUUCAGACUUCUACUACAUUAAUGAAUACAAACCAGCUCCUGGAAUCAGCUUAGUGAAUGAAGCCACCUUUGGUUGUUCAUGCACAGAUUGCUUCUUUGAGAAAUGUUGUCCUGCUGAAGCUGGAGUUCUUUUGGCUUAUAAUAAAAAUCAGCAAAUUAAAAUCCCACCUGGCACCCCCAUUUACGAAUGCAACUCAAGGUGUCAGUGUGGACCCGAUUGUCCCAACAGGAUUGUCCAAAAAGGCACGCAGUAUUCACUUUGCAUCUUUCGGACCAGCAAUGGCUGUGGCUGGGGCGUAAAGACCCUCGUGAAGAUUAGGAGAAGGAGCUUUGUCAUGGAGUAUGUCGGAGAGGUUAUCACAAGUGAAGAAGCUGAAAGACGGGGGCAGUUAUAUGACAACAAAGGAAUCACAUAUCUCUUUGAUCUGGACUAUGAAUCUGAUGAAUUCACAGUGGAUGCAGCUCGAUAUGGAAAUGUGUCUCAUUUUGUGAAUCACAGUUGUGACCCGAAUCUUCAGGUGUUCAACGUUUUCAUUGAUAACCUCGACACCCGUCUUCCCCGAAUAGCAUUAUUUUCCACGAGAACUAUAAAUGCUGGAGAAGAGCUCACUUUUGAUUAUCAAAUGAAAGGUUCUGGAGAUAUAUCUUCAGAUUCUGUUGACCACAGCCCAGCCAAAAAGAGGGCCAGAACUGUGUGCAAAUGUGGAGCUGUGACUUGCAGAGGUUACCUCAACUGAAUUUUCAGGAAAUAGAACUGAUGAUGAUUAUAGUUUUUUUCCUAAUGUUACCAUUUUUAAAAAAUAAGUAUUUGGGACUCUUUUCAUAUUAUCAAGAUUAUACACUAUGCUAAUUUACAAUUCGUGUUUCAGACUAUUGGCCAAAUGCAUUACUGAUGCUUCUGAAGAGAGGAACACAGGGUCACAUAGACUAAUUUGAAAUAUACAUAUUCAGACUGUUUACAGAUCUGUGUAGAAAGAAGUCUGUGUGAAUAGAGAACUGCCUCCUUCAGUGUUUAAGUGUUAAACUAAUGAUGUAAUAGUCACUAAGAUCAAAUAUUCGACUUGCCAUACACCUUGAAUUUAGAGAAAUAGAGUUAAUUCUUAUUGGACAAAUACACAAGUUCUAUUUUUGUUAUUGUCAUUCCUGUUUACCUACUUACUACUCAUUGUACUUGUAUUUGAGACAAAUAGGUGAUACUGAAUUAUACUCUAUUUUCUACUUUCAUUAAAACAUUGAGGUCUUAAUGAUAUAGAAAUUUAAGGUCUAAAAUUAAAUGUAAAAAAGUUUAAUUACAGCUUGAUUUAAUAUUUUGAAGCAAUCUAGACCACUAGGAGCGGUGGAUGUCUGAACCAGUAAUUCUAAAAUAUUUUUUAAUCCUGUAGAAGAAAAAUACCCAAAAUGUUCUCCCUAAAAUUCUAGAAUGGCUAGCUGUUAUGCUUCUUUGAAAGGAUGGGGCGGUUGGGACCAGGGGGGUUUUUUGGAGUGCCAGGCAGGGGGGAUGCAGCACUUGAUAACAUGAAGUAGGCGGUCCAUGCUGAGUAGCUCUGGCCUCCACAGUAAAACGAGAUGCCCCCUGAGAGCGGCUGUAUGUAACGAUAAUGUUCCUCACUAUAAUUAACAUUACAUUUUCUGAAUUUUCAGGUAAUUUUAACAUUUCCUUUCCACCAAAUUUAAUUAUUUUUAUAAUAAAUAAAGGGCCUGCAGGCCCUUUUUAAGAAGUGAUCUAUAUUUUGAACUGAUACUUAUUUUAUACAUGAAUUUUUUUAAUGUGAUAAAGCUAAACUUGGCUUGGCCAAAGUGCGUGUCUGAAUUAUGACCAUUUAUUACUUGAACUAUGAAGACUGAAAUGGAAUCUAUUCAUUGUUUGGGGUUUUUUUGUUGUUUUUGUUUUUUCCUAUGUAGUGAAACCUCAGUCCAGAAAAACUAUAUUUUCAUCUCUUUCUGAUCCUGGGACUUCUAAUCACGGUGUCCAACAUGAAGGCGAAUGCAGCAGAUAAGUCUAAAUCUUGGUAUUCUUAAUUAAGUUCUGCCAGAGGUCCCUGCCUGAGGCUUUAAUGACCUACAGUAAGCUUGGGUAAAGCUGAGCUGACUUUAAGAAAGCAGCACUUCACAUCUUCAUCCUUAACCUCUUUUUUGGGAGAAGCUACACUUUGUUAUAUUGCUAUCACGGGAUUUUGCUCUUUCAUAACAUAGGGUAAAUUGUUUACAUGUUUGGAGUCUCAGAGUAUAUUCUGUCUGCUCACCAAAAUUUGCCGAAGGUGUCAAGGAAAAAUAUAUAUUUUUAGUGCCAUUUUUUUCUUUAUGAAAAAAUAGUCACAUGGCGUCAGUGGUAAAAAAGCGUCACAGGUUUACAGGCCAAACUUGCUUUGAAUUAUAAUUCUCACAGGUUCAAAGAUGUAAUUGUACCAUUCUUUUUAAAAGGUCAGUGUUUUACUGUCUAGUUAUUUGAUCUUGUCUACUCUCUGUUAAAGAAAUGUAAAGCUGGAGGACAAAGGGAGGUUGACUGUUUUCGGUAAACCCGUUUUGUCUUGUCCUUAUUAAUAGAAACGUAAUGAACCUUUGAAAUUUUUAAAAACCUGCAUUACCCUUAAGUUGUUGAAAAGCUGAACUUAAGCAGUAAAAUGAUAGAAACUAUUUAAACGAAGCUGUUCGGAGCUUUAACUGUUUUAAGUCAACAUUUAGCUUCUUUAGUUCCCUAAGUUGUCAGAAUUUGUUCUCUCAAUAUAAAGCAAAUAUUCAAGGGCAAUAUUUAGAUCAAGUUUAAACUGUAAAUUAAUCCACUGUUCAAGUUGUAUCGGUACCGUUGUUCUCGGUAUCUCCAGAAGAGGAUUGUGAUACACAAUUGGUAAUCUCAGGGUUUUUUCCCCACAUAUGCACAAAAUCUAGACUGCACUUAUUUUUCUUAUAGUUCAACAGUUUCUCUUUAGCAAAAUAACUUUAGUUUGGCAUUUGACUUUCUAUUUAUCAUGGCUUAGCUUUAUUUCUGAAUAUUUUACUGUCAUUUCCAGUAAGGCUACAAAAAGGGCAGAAAAAUAUUGAUGUAUUCAUGACUACCUGUUAUUGAGAUUAACCAAAGGUUUAUAUACCAUUCCUUUAAAUGUUACUUUUAAGAAAGUCUAUUAUUGUCAUGAUUCAUGCAUUUGAAUAUCAAAGUAGAAUUUUACACUUAGCAUAAGGUAGACGGAUACUUUUUAAAAGUUUUGAGCAUUACUAUUAGUCACCAGGUACUUAAACAUAUUGUGCUAAGUACUGCCUGGAAGUACAGAGGAAUUUUAGAAUUAGAGCUAAUAAUCUCUGAGCAAGUCUUAAGCCCUUUAUCCGUACUCCUGUGCUUCUUAUGAGUCUGUGAGGUUGGUGCCGUCCUCCUUAUAGCAGCAUACUGAAAAAACAGGCUUAGACCGGCUAGGGAACGUUAACAUCCCCAGGAUCAUAAACUAAACUUGACUACUUUUAAAAUAUUUGACCAACUUCAGGCAGACUGUUUUAAAAAAUCCAUUUCUACUGUUUGUUAGUUUAAACAAACUUCCAAGUCCUGGAUUCCUCUCUAAGGCAAAUGUAGCUAGCCACUGGGUUUCCUUUGUGACGUAUCUUGGUAUCUUGAAACUUGUUUUUCACUUCUUCAUACGUCACAGUUCUUGAAGUAAAAAUCAAGUAGCCACUGUAAUUAACCCUGCCCACUUCUAUGCUCUUUUUGAGAGGCAUUAGUGCAGAGUGGUUAAGAGCAUGGACUUGGGGGCCUGAAGUGCCUUGUUUGAGUCGUGGCUUCACCCCUUACGAACUACACGGACUGACCUCCCUGUGCCUUCACCUCCUCAUCUGUGAGUGGGGAUAGUAAGUGUACCUACCUCAAAGGGCGGUUGUGAGGAGGAGAGAGUGUGUAAGAGAAUCGAGCAUUGUCACAGAGUAAGUACCAUAUAUAAGAAUUAGCUGUAAUUACUCUGUACUAUAAACCUGUACUUUAAAAUAUUUGGUGGUCACUACAAGUUUUUUGUUCGACGUCUGUUCUAGUGCUUAGCGCUUAAAUUCGUUCAGCCAGCGUUUAUUAUGCCAGGCUUGCCUAUGAAGCAACAAUGAAAAUGUGGCAGUAUGGAAUAUUAAAUUCAUGGUGAGAUUAUAAAAUGCUAAGAAUAUAUUCAGAAGAAUGUUUACAGGCAUGUUUUAAACACCCACCUUGGAUCAUAAGCUAUACUAUUAAAAUGAAGUCUUAAAUGUCAGUGAAUAUAUACAAAUGUAUGUAGUAGUAACAUUUGAUUAUGUGAUGUGUAAUUAUGAAGUGUAACUAGUUUUUAGAGCCUAAGAUUAAAAAUGAAGUCUCUGGGUUCCUGUAAUAGGCCUGUUGUAGUUAUGAGUAUUGAACGUUGUGCAGUCCCUACCGGUUCUCUCCAGUGACUUAUAUAUUCAUCACCUUGAAUUUAGGUAAUGGUACUCAUCGGGGAGCUGGGCAAAAUGGAGUAAUAUAUAAUCCUGCCCCAAUCAUACUGAGUCUGUAGAGUGUAUUUCAUCAGAAGCUCAGGGUAGCAUCUGAGCUAGAAAGAAAGGGGUCAGUGUUCCCUUUAAACUUCACAUGCUUGCUUACACACCUCUGCCCUCAGCUACCUUACUAUGCUCAGACCAGUCUGUGUUGGUGUACAUAUUAAUAAAACUUACUGUUGAGUAAUUUAGGGCAGAGACACGUGCUAUAAAUUGUGAUCCAACAUAUUCCUCAGAGGACAGUCAGAAAGGAGUUGCACCCUUACUCUCAGCCCUGACCCUUAAUAAUCGUGUCGGUUCCUUCCCCUCACCCCUCUCUGGUGCCAGUUUCUUAGCCGAAAUUUGAAGUGUAGUCGCCACUGUCCAGUUUUUCUCCCAUGUCAAUGGACAAGGGCUAAUUUAUCCUUCUGCCAAUAUUUGGGAAUGGAAAAUUCCCUUCUGGACAAGUGAGAGGGCUGGCUUCCUGGGUCCACUUGACAUUGGUUCCCCUGAACACCCAGUUUAUCUUCCUUUCCCGCUGACUCUAAGUCUUGCAACCUUAAUUAGUUUUGUGGCUCCAGUACUGAUUUUUGGUUUAAUUACAAUGUAGCAUGGUGAUACUGCAUUUCAUUGUUUAAUUGAUCUGAAAAUUGUUUUUUAGAGACUCUGCUUAAACUUGUUUGAAGUGAAAUCUCUGCUUUUGCUUUCUUAAUCUAUGAAAUAUCAGCAAACCAAAGGGUUUAUGAAUAUUUGCUAAUAACUUUAUUAAAUCCACAUACAUAACUAUGCAAAAACAUAACCUAUCGAUGGACUUUAAGGAAGCUGAAUGCCUUUUAAGUAAGUAUUUUCUUUUAGGUUUUGAUUUUACCACGGUAUUCACAUCAAUACUCUUAAGUGAUGGAACACCUGAGAUAGGUAAGGGGCUGGCUUUCUUCUAUCGCCAUCAGUUUAUGGUAAUAGAUCCAAGUUUAUUCUUUAAAUCUGAAGUAUUUUUACAACCCAGGAUAUGGUCUGUCUUGGUGAACGUCGUCCUUUGUAAACUUGAGAAGCGUGUCUUCUGCUGUUGGAUGAAGUGAAGUGUUCUUAGUGUCAGUUAAAUCCAGUUGGUUGACGGUGCUGUUCAGUUCUUCUGUAUCCUUGCUGAUAGUCUGUAGACUAAUUGUUACAGCUGUAAUUGUGCAUUAGUGUGUCUUUCUCCUUUCAGUUGUUUUUGCUUUGUAUAUUCCAAAGUUGUACGGUACUUUUAGGCUUCUGUCUCAGUGAACUGGAUGCUUUAUCACUAGUAACAUAGCCACUCCAUCUUUCUUUUAAGUAAUGUUUACAUGGUAAAGGUUUCCAUCCUUUCACUGGUAAACCUACCCAAGUCUUUUGAAGUCAGCUUCCUAUAGACAGUAUAUAGUUGGUUUAUGGUUUUUCCUGUUUUGAUGUAAUUAUUGAUAGGUUUGGAUUUAGUUCUCCCAUAUCUUGUUUCCUGUGUUUUCCCUCUAUUUUUUGGUCCUCCGUUUCCCCUUUACUGCCACCUUUUAGGUUACAGGAACAUUUUUAAGUAUUCCAUUUUAAUUUAUCUGUUAGGAUUUUGACUGUUAUCUCUUGGUAUAGGUUUUUUAGUGGUUGCUCUAGAAUGAAGUGAGCGUUUUCUUUUUUCAACUACUAUCGUCUCCCCUGUUGCCAACUUCUCAUAGAAAUAUUGUAAAUGCUCUCGUGUAGGUAGCUCGGCUUCUGGAGUGGCGGG